AUGGAUCCUAUACGUUUCGUUAAUUCUCUUGUGCUUGCUGACAGUGAACAUGUACUCCAUUCCAAGGGUAAACUACCUAGGUUAGGUAGCAAUAAAAGCGAAGGGUAUGUAGAUGCUGGUGGCUUGGUUUCCUUCACUGAAAAGCUGACUGGGCAGAACAAAGCAGAUGUUUUGAACUCCACGCUCUUGGCCCAGUUAGCAGCAAGUAAGAAACAUGACCGCCAGACUGAAAGCGACAAAUGGUACAAGGAAUACACCAACGUCUUGAUGAACGUUGGCUGGGUUGUGCAAGAUUUCACGUUUACCGAGUACAAUUCAAAGCAAGAGUCAUUUGAAAUUUCGAAAGUGGUGGUCGAGUUGCUGCUGUCAUUGGUUGGUGAUGAGGAACCGCUCCUGGUAGACGCCACAAAGAAGACACUCGAGGCUCUCAAGAAUUCCAGUUCAGACACUCUCAAGUUAUUCGGUUCCAAUAGCAGUUCCGGAAAGUCUGGUAAUUUCCAAAUCGUUCCCUGCACCGUGGACAAAAGCGGCCAAGUCACCGUUGCCUUCAUCGCUUCCUAUUUUAAUGCUUCGAGUGUCAACUACGAUUUCCUGUUCUUCACCUACCAAGAUUCUGCGAUCAAGUUGAAAAAGUCAACUGAUACCUUCACACUGAAUGAGGAAGUUUACGCACAAGUUCGUCAAGCAAUUGUUGAUAAGCUCGGCGCAAGAGUUAAAAAAUUUGUGAAAGAUUUGGAUGCUUGA